AUUGUUUCACUCUCUCGCUCGCCAACCUCACUAAACUUUCCCGGGAAAAUAAAAUAGAAAAUUCAGCUCCUGGGUUUUUACGGUUUGCGAAAAUGUCUCAGACGGGGAAAUUGAUGCCGAAUCUGGACCAACAAAGCACCAAAAUGCUAAAUCUAACUGUCCUCCAGCGAAUCGAUCCUUUCAUUGAAGAGAUUUUGAUCACGGCCGCUCACGUCACCUUCUACGAGUUCAACAUCGAGAGCAAUCAAUGGAGUCGCAAGGAUGUUGAAGGAUCUCUUUUUGUGGUUAAACGGAAUACUCAACCGCGGUUUCAAUUUAUUGUGAUGAAUCGACGAAAUACAGAAAAUCUAGUGGAGAAUCUAUUGGGAGAUUUUGAGUAUGAAGUUCAAGUUCCAUAUUUGUUAUAUCGAAAUGCAUCCCAAGAAGUUAAUGGAAUCUGGUUUUAUAAUGCUCGUGAAUGUGAUGAGGUUGCAAACCUCUUUAGUAGGAUUCUUAAUGCAUACUCAAAAGUUCCUCAAAAGCCAAAAGUAUCUGCAAGCAAAAGUGAGUUUGAGGAACUUGAAGCGGUCCCAAGCCUCUCUAUAAUGGAAGGCCCUCUGGAGCCUACAUCAACCGCCUCUACUGUCACUGAUCCUCCUGAAGAUCCAUCUUUUGAAAACUUCUUCAGUGCGGCUGUGACUAUUGGAAAUAAUGCUCCUAAUGCUGCUAAUAUAAGGCAGCCCUAUCAUUCUUCAGCUCCCAUUCCUUUGUUCGCCCAUGCACCUACUGCUGUUCCCUCUCCUGCACCAACUCCACAAGUACCGUCCCUUACUCUUUCAGCCUCAUCACCUACAGUUGCUCUCCAUGACACACCUGACCCAAUCAGCAGCAGCAAUCGUGUCACUAAUCUUGUGAAACCCUCAUUUUUUGCACCUCCUUCCUCAUCAGCGUUGAUUACACCACCUACUUCUUCAUCUGUACCAACUGCUGCUACACUUCAACCUCCCUUGAAUCUGCAACGCCCAUAUGGAACUCCAAUGCUUCAACCCUUUCCACCACCCACUCCACCUCCAUCUCUUACGCCAGGAGCUGCCCCUAUUUCUAUUGAUAGACCUCUUAUUACCAGAGAGAAAGUUCGUGAUGCACUUCUAAUGCUUGUUCAGGAUGAUCAAUUUAUAGACCAGUUUUAUCAAGCACUGCUGAAAGUGCACUCAUGAGCAGUGUAAAGCACUAUUAGGCUGUGGCGAUGUUACCAAAUACUAAAGUGCUUGUAAGAUCAGUUGUGUACAGCUGUUUUGCCGUUGACAUCGGUAAUAAUGACCGGGUGAGAGUUUCUGUUCUAAGUUUGCCAUUGAUAAGUUGAUUUGGUCAUCUUCUUAUCCCUUCAAAAGGUUGGUCCUCACGGGUUGGGUUUGUGGAAUUUCUGUAACUUUAGGAAUAUAGUUUCUUAUUUAGUUGAUUAGCUUGUUCAGAAUUGUAGUAGUUGUAUCCAAAUCCUCAUGGUAGAAUGUGCAUUGAAAUUGAGAAGUUUGCUUUUACUUCCUCUUUU